GAAAAAAUUCUUUUCAUUGAAAGUUUUUGAAAAAUAAAAUUAAAGGAAAAACAAAAUCAUAAAAAAAUCACAUAAUAAAAAAUGGAUGCCAGCGAAAUUCCAGUUUCAAUCAAUAAUGACUUAGAGAAGAGAAUUGCUGAUGCUUUUUUAAUAUUUGAUCAUCAGGGUAAUAAAACAAUUGACAUUCGUGAGGUUGGAACUGUUAUAAGAUAUUUGGGAUGUGCUCCAACUGAACAGGAAAUUAAUGAAAUAAUUGCUGCAACCGAAAUGGAAGAUGCAAGUGGUCAAAUUCAUCUAUCAAAAUUUUUACCUUAUAUUGUUAGUCUAUUAAAUGAAAGAAAAAUGGAACCAGCUGCACCUGAAAAACUUCUUGAAGCUUUUAAACUUUUAGAUAUUGAUGGAAAAGGUGUUUUAACAAAAGAAUACGUUACGAAAAUAAUGAGAGAUGAAGGUGAACCAUUUACACAAGAAGAAUUGGAUGAAAUGUUACAAGUCGCAGUUGAUGUUCAUUCUGGGCUUAUAAAUUAUGAACACUAUUUAAAUCACUUAAUGGUUUACCUAUGAAUUUUGCGAACUCCUACACUCUAAAUUUAAGCAAUCAAACAUACAUAUAAAAACUUGCAUGAAUUAGCAGUAUACAUUAAUAAUUCAAUCAAUGUGUAAAGAAAAUAUGAAUUUUUUUUAAACAUACUACGGUUACCAAAAAAAACGAAUUCCACAAUUUGCAUUCUUAACGUUAAAAAUUUGAAUUGGAAAAAUUUCUUUAUUAAAUUAUGUUAAACUUAAAUACUUAUGUGAAGAUUAAGUGAACUUUAGGUGUGGCUCAGAUAAGAAGAGUUCUUAAAAUUAAAGAUUUUGAUUAGAAUAUUUCAUUUUUUUAAGAUAAAUUUUUUAGUAAGAUUUCUUGAUUAUAGCGUGGCUAGAGUUGCGAUGUAUAAAAAUAUUCAUUGUUUUAUACUGUAUAUUAUACACCACUUACUAUAGUUGUCAUAGUCGUCACAUGUAAAUUUUAUCUUAACUGCGAGGAAAAGUUUAUAAGCAAAAUAAAAAUAAAACGAAAAAGAAUAAAUUUUUAAAAUUAAAAUUUUUGGACUAGAACAUGGAUGAAUUUGAAAAAUUCUUUAAAAAAAUUUGCAUUCUAUAUACAAUUUAUAUAUAAAAUAUGUAUAUCACACAUAGAACUAUAAUCGAAUAAGGAAAUGUAAAUAUUAUUAAACAUACAUCACAUGAUUCAUCUCCCACAAAAAAAUUUGUCAAUCAACACAGCAAUUACAAAGAUAUUAUCGAUCUCGAAGAAUGCAUAUCAUCAGUAUAAAUUCAUUUUAAUAUUGGGUCAAAAGCAAAUGGGCUCUGAAUUUUCCUCAUCCUCGAUUUUUGGCCAUUUCUGUACAAAUUUAUGAGUUUAGCACAACAUGAACGAAUAAAUAAAAUUGCAAUUAAGUCAUAAAAUUGUAAGUAAAUAUAACUCUAGGUAUAUGAAUAUAAGAAACCACCUAUGGAAUUGAUAUUCAAAACAAAAUUGU